AUGCUCUUCACCCAACCGACCCUCCUCCUCGCCCUAACAACCCUCGUCGCCGCCGCCCCCUACACCCAAGAAGAAAAACGCACAUUCGGCUCCUGGUGGCCACGCUCCAACUCCCGCCACUCAUGGCACGGACGAGCCCAACAACUCUCCCAAUGCAACAUGGCAUCAGUCCAACUGCCCCAACCUAACGACAUUCCCAUCACAGCCCCUAAACCCCUCCCACCGCCCACAGAAGGCUUCACCCUCUACCACGUCGCCGUAGGCCGCGGAACACAAAACUACACCUGCGACCUAUCCAACAGCACCGCCGUCCCCGUCGCCGCCGGGGCCGUCGCGUCCCUUUUCAACGUCACCUGCAUGUCCGCCGACUCGCCCACGCUCCUCUCCGCGAUCCCCAACAUCGCGUUGGAAUGCCCCACACCCGCCAACGUCAACGCCCAAUCUCCGAUAUACCGCGACUUGUCUGGACACCAUUACUUCACGGACGCUACUACCGCGUAUUUCAAUUUAGACACGACCCUGGCGAGUCUGGGGCAGGGCGGGUUUAAGAAAAUUAAUGCGACGGAGGCGCCGGCUGAUGCGGUGAUGGGCCAGGAAGGGAGGGGGUAUGGGAGUGUGCCGUGGUUGAAGUUGACGACGAAGGAUGAGGGGCAGUGCGAGUUUCAGGAGGUUUACAGGGUGAAUACGGCGGGGGGACAGCCGCCGAAGACGUGUCAGGGGCAGGAGGGGGAGUUUCAGGUUGAGUAUGCGGCGGAGUAUUGGUUUUAUGCUUGA